AUGCUUCGCGGCCAAACAUUACCAUGGAGAACUGCACUCCGGGCGAAUUCGCGCCACAUCUGUAGAGACUGCAGGCGCCAACUUCUCCAGAGAAGCUCACUAGCGACCUCCGCGAUUUCUCUGACUCCCUCUAAUUACCUGCCCAUCGCCGCCCGCCAGGGAUUACAAAUACGCCAGUUCACCUCUCAUCCUGCUCGUAGGAAAGACAAGCCACCAGAGGAUGACUCGCCGCCUAAAAAAGAAGAUGCGGAGGCGAAGGCAAAGAAGGUAGAAAACGAACUGGACGAGGCACCACGGACGGAAGAUGCUGCUGAAUCCAAGAAGUCUCCCGCUGCACCGCAGCCAAUACCCCAAUCUGCAAGCGAUGGCCGACCGGCGGCGGCAGGGGGUAGCGCCAAUGACUCAACCCCAGGAACUGCACCAAACUCCGGUAGUGGAGGUGAUGGUAGCAGGCGGGGGCGGCGGACCACACAGAUCUCUAAACCCACCAUUCCAGAGACCUAUCCACAGGUGAUGGCAAUUCCUAUCGCGAAACGGCCUCUUUUCCCAGGCUUCUACAAGGCGAUCACUAUCCGAGAUCCCAAUGUUGUUGCUGCGAUAACGGAGAUGAUGAAGAGGGGCCAACCCUAUGUGGGAGCGUUUCUCUUCAAGGACGACGCUGCCGACAAGGAUAUUAUUGAGAAAAUGGAUGACGUUCAUGACGUUGGUGUCUUCGCUCAAAUUACGAGCGCAUUUCCUGUGCACGGUGAUGAACACAGCUUGACUGCGGUCUUGUACCCACACCGAAGAAUCAGAAUGACUGCGUUGAUGCCCCCAUCCACGACGGGAGAAGGAGCUUCGGUGGUUGAAGUUCAAUCUGUCAAAGAGACAAAACCCAAAUCCGAUGGUACAGAUACCAAGGGUGAUGUUGUUGCGAGCUUCGAGGAACCGAACAAGGAGCAACCCACGCAAUUGAGUGUCUACGAACCCACUGCCUUCCUGCGCAAAUUCCCAGUGUCAUUGGUCAAUGUGGAAAAUCUGACGGAACUACCUUUUGACAAGAAGAGCGGUGAAAUCAAAGCCCUAACAUCAGAGAUUGUUAGUGUAUUCAAGGAAGUCGCCAGCCUUAACCAACUAUUUCGAGAUCAGAUCUCCGAUUUUAGUGUCUCACAGUCCGCUGGGAAUGUGCUCGAGGAACCGGCCAAGCUAGCUGACUUUGCAGCAGCCGUUUCGGCCGGUGAAAUCGGAGAGUUACAGGACGUCCUCCAGACAAUGGAUGUUGCUCAAAGGCUUCACAAGGCUCUUGUCGUCCUGAAGAAGGAGCUUAUGAAUGCGCAGCUACAGUCGAAGAUCUCAAAAGACGUCGAGAGCAAGAUUCAAAAACGUCAGCGGGAGUAUUGGUUGAUGGAACAGAUGAAAGGUAUUCGCAGAGAGCUCGGGAUUGAAUCUGAUGGCAAGGACAAAUUAGUGGAAAAGUUCCGGGAAAAGGCCCAAAAAUUGGCCAUGCCUGAGGCUGUGAAGAAGGUCUUCGAAGAAGAGCUCAAUAAACUUGCACACCUGGAGCCGGCGGCAUCCGAAUUCAACGUGACGAGGAACUAUCUGGAUUGGAUUACUCAAGUUCCGUGGGGCCAGAGAAGUGCUGAAAAUUUUGGCAUCAAAAAUGCCAUGACUGUCCUAGACGAGGACCAUUACGGCUUGAAAGAUGUCAAGGACCGAAUUCUCGAGUUUAUUGCAGUUGGAAAGCUUCGCGGUACAGUCGAAGGCAAGAUCUUAUGCUUCGUUGGACCUCCCGGUGUGGGAAAGACAUCUAUCGGGAAAUCGAUUGCUCGAGCGUUGAACCGGCAGUACUAUCGUUUCAGUGUGGGCGGUCUCACUGAUGUCGCGGAGAUCAAAGGCCAUCGCAGGACAUACGUCGGUGCGUUGCCGGGGAGGAUAAUCCAAGCGCUCAAAAAAUGCCAGACCGAGAACCCACUGAUUCUCAUCGACGAAGUGGACAAAAUUGGCCGCGGUCAUCAGGGGGAUCCGGCAUCAGCGCUCCUCGAACUUCUUGACCCUGAACAAAACUCCAGUUUCUUGGAUCAUUACAUGGAUAUUCCGGUCGACCUCUCAAAAGUCCUUUUCGUCUGUACCGCCAACAUGACCGACACCAUCCCUCGGCCCCUUCUCGACCGAAUGGAGUUAAUUGAACUCAGUGGUUACGUCGCGGACGAGAAGAAAGCCAUCGCUGAUCGAUACCUUGCUCCACAGGCGAAGGAGCUUUCUGGAUUGAAGGACGUAGACGUCAAAUUGGACGAGUCUGCAAUUGAAGAGCUAAUCAACAAGUAUUGCCGGGAGUCCGGGGUGCGUAAUCUCAAAAAGCAAAUUGAAAAGGUCUACCGCAAGUCAGCACUGAAGAUUGUUCAAGACCUGGGAGAAGAAGCUUUCCCCGAAGCAGAGGCACUCACAGAAGAAGGCAAAGCAGCGCUCGAGGAGAGUAAGAAGGACCAGUCGGACGUUAAAGACACACCGGAAACGAUCGAGCAAGAGACGACAGAAAAGCCUCGCGUUGCUCUGCAGGUUCCAGAUUCUGUUCACGUCACGAUCACAAAGAACAACUUGAAAGACUACGUGGGCCCACCCAUCUUCACUGCCGACCGUCUCUACGAAACCACGCCACCAGGUGUAGCCAUGGGUUUAGCCUGGACAAGCAUGGGUGGGGCAGCACUAUAUGUCGAAUCUAUUCUCGAAUCUGCUCUUUCUUCUUCCAGCCGACCCGGUCUCGAGCGUACGGGCAAUCUCAAGCCAGUGAUGAAAGAGUCGACAUCGAUUGCAUACUCUUUUGCAAAGCACGUCAUGGCCACAAGAUUUCCGGACAAUAAAUUCUUCGACCACGCCAAGAUACACCUCCAUUGUCCCGAGGGCGCGGUUCAAAAGGAUGGUCCUUCGGCGGGCAUCACGAUGGCGACAUCUCUGCUCAGUCUUGCGAUGGACAAAGAAGUAGAUCCCGCCUUGGCAAUGACAGGCGAGUUGACCGUUACAGGCAAAGUACUCCGGAUAGGAGGACUGAGAGAGAAGACAGUCGCUGCGAGACGGGCUGGUUGUACAAAGAUCCUGUUUCCGAAGGACAAUUGGGGGGACUGGUGUGAGUUGCCAGAGAAUAUCAAAGAAGGUAUCGAUGGUCACGCGGUUGACUGGUAUGAUGAGGUGUUCGAUAUUGUCUUUCCCAACGUUAACGUUGAGGAAAUCGACUCUCGAUGGAAAGAUGCACUGGAAAGAAAAGAAAAAGACGUUAAUGGGAGGAAUAAAGAUGGUAAGAACGACGAUGAUGACUGA